AUGCUCACGAGUCAAGACACCACACGAGUAAGGGUGGAGACGUGGGGGCCUGGUGGGGGCCGGAGAAAGACGGAGGGGAAGGGAGAGAACCUAAAGCCGAACAAAGACUUUGCUAUGGAGCUGCGAGGCUGUGUGAGCUGUGGCUGCAACAAUGUGGGCGUGGUGUGCAUCUUAUCCUCCCUGCUGCAUUUCAUCCUCUGUGCGGAGGGGCUGGGAUGGGCCAUGAAGAAGAGCGACGACUUCAUUCCCACGCUUGUGGAGGGCAUAUGUAGGCAGCUGACGGGCGCUGUUCUAUCCUGCCAUUCACCAUUUGCAAUGCUGACUAACUAAGCACCCAUGUGUGGCAUGCAGGCUCGUUUAUUUCUCUGGCUGGUAUUGCUGUGACGGUGGUGCAUCAGACGACAUCCUUCAUGAUUGUCGCACUCCUCAGCCUCGUCGGGGUGGGUUUCAAGGUUUGUCCACGACGUGCACGGAGGACUGACACACAGUGAGUGUGUGCAGUGAGUGACACGCAUCUCUGUCUAUCUGUUGCUCACUUAGGUCUACAUGCACACAUCUGCAAUCAGCGACGAUACGCCAGAGAGGGCCGUCGAUGCAGGUUAGUGACAGAGUGCAAGGGACAAAGACGUCUUCAAUGAAAGCACUCACAAUCGCACCCCUCAAUGUUCACGGGAUACACAGCGUCCGUCCCUUCCUCACCUUCGGUCUGUGUCAUCGUGUAAACAGCUUUGUUAGCUGAGUGGAUGGGCGGGGACGUGAGUGACUCGACAUGGCUCAUCUACCUCACCAUGGCAGUGAAAACCAUCACAGGGUGAGGAUUGGGGGGGGGGGGAGAGGGAGAGAGGGAGAGAGGGAGAGAGGGAGAGAGAUGAAGCGGGGAUGCAGGCAGUCGAUUCCUGUAUGCAUUCGCGAAUGGAUGAAGGACGUGGAUGACCCUGGCCCUCUUCGCUGCGGGGAUGGGUACUCAGCUGAGAAGGAGAGGCGACACACGCUUCCCAAUCACUCCUACAGUGACCUACAUUACAUGUGUUUGUAUUGACAGAGAAGUUGUAUUACGGGUCUGUGUGGUCUCGCGGCCCGCACGAGCAGACGCCGCUGAAAGGCAGCCAGGCUAUAGCCGGUGGGCAAUAAAUGCUGCACACAUGCCGAGACAACACGUAUGCCGGUCUGCCUGUGUGCCUGUCUCACCUCACAUGUGACAUGCCUGCAGGUCUCAUAUCAAGAAGAGAAAGCAAAAGCGAUGAUGCGAUCCAAGGUCAGCAAAGAGAAUAAAAAGGGCAACACAUGGCACAAUCCUUCGCUCGUGUGGCGGACUCUCUCCAGGGCUCGUAAGGAAGCCUGCGCGCAGCAGCGCCCUUUCUGGGCUUGUGCCUGACCAUCCCCCCGCAGCGGCUGCUGCGGCUGGAUGGCGGCCGUCAUCACGAGGAGUUGAAGGUACCUAGAUGCGUUUGGGAUGUAUGGACGCCCUUGUCUCGAUGUGUCCAUGCAGGCCUGGUGCCGAGCACCUCAGGCAAGAAGGCUUCCGUGUUGGGCGCCCCGAGAAGAGAUCGACCGCCAUCAGGGCUUGAUGGUGAAUCAUGUUUGACACACGGAACCCUGCGGAUGAUGCUCUCUUGUUGUGCAUCUCGCCUGCAGGGCUUAUUUAGGUGAGGCAUAUGGAUAUGCUUGUAGGUACUCAGGUGCAUGUGAGUCGAUAGGUCGUGUGUGCGCCGUUUCCCUCGUGACGACUUGUAAAAUUGUCUUGCGAGUAGUUGCAAAUGGGGCUGGAGACACUGUAUGGUGGGCAGCUUUGCUCACGCUUUCGCAACGAGAAUCCUG